AUGUCCCCAUCAAAACUCGUUCCAACCCAAAGCCCUGCUGAUCUAGGGACCACCACGAUGGCUCCAUCUGCCUCUGUCCAAACAACUUUUACCAAGGCUGCCUAUGUGGGGGAUGUCUCCGCACUCGCCCUUUUGCCUUGGCCCUCCCUUACCUCCCUCCGCUAUAAAUCGCGCCGCACACAGCCUGGCGCCGCUGCCUCUCACGAAGAGUCGUGUGCACAGCGCGGGGGAGAGGAGAAGGAGGAGGCGGGCCAAGCAGCGGCGCACGAGGAGCGGGCUGACCGGCACAGCGAGCAAUGCGCGGACGCCCAUAAACGCGCGGGCGCCCAUAAAUGCGCGGGCGCCGAUAAAUGCGCGGACGUCCAUGCGUUCGACCACCAUGCGUCCGCUCUUGUGCUCGCAGUUCGCUGCUCUCCCCCGUCCAUUUUCCUCCUUCAAACCCUCCCGCUCCCUCUCUGCCCCCUCUUGCCCCUUCACCACUCCCGUUCCCCCCCGCCCCCGCCAGCCAUGGGUCCCACGCUGCGCUGCUACCACCUGCCGUCGGGGCGGCUGCUGGCAGCCGUUGAUGUGUUUGACGGCGUGCGCAUCCACGGGAUCGUGCCACGUGGCAGCAGAGGAGUGGGCGGCGCUGUAUGGACCCGCGAGGGUGAGGGUGAGGGCGAGGGCGAGGGGAGGGGGGAAGCAGCAGCAACGGUGGUGGUGGUGCAUGGGGAGAGGCGGGUGAAACUGGUGGUGCUGACGGUGCAGCAAGCAGCACAGGUGGCGGCGACAGUGACAGUGCAGCAGCAGCAGCAGGGCGUGGGGGAGCGGAGAGAGACAGCGGAGCAGGGGGGUGUGGGGCAGGGGGUGGGUGGGGGGGUGAAGCAGGGAGGCGAGGGGGGGCAGGGUGGGGGAGUGCGGAUGGCGGUGGGUGCAUGUGUGGUGUGCAGGGACCACUGGGCGGGCGUGCUGGCGGUGGGGCUGAGUGACAACAGCGUCGAGCUGUGGGCCACAGCAGCCGUUGGAUCGGACAGGACGUGCGGCCAGGAUGGCACCGCGGACUUCUCUCUGAGGCUGCUGCGCUCUGUGUCUUGCUCAGGCACGCACUGCUCCCCUCCCCCUGGCCCCAUGCUGUGCUACCGCAGUCUGCUGUACGCCAUGCGCCUGCACUGGCAUGCGCCCUCCUCAUGCCUGCAUGUGGCGGCCGGCACCAUCUUCAACCAGUGCGCACCCCUGCAUCUCCCUUACCGUCUGCCCUCACCUCUGCGCACCUCUGCGCACCCCUGCGCACCCCUGCAUCUCCCUUACCGUCUGCCCUCACCUCACCUCACUGCUCACCCCAUCUGCCUGCAGCUGCUUCUCUGGUCUGUGCCUCUCCACGCCUCUGCCUGCUGCGCCACUCUGGGCGGCAGCACUGAGGAGCCAUGCCACCUUGGUGGCUCUGCGUGCUUCUCCUCCUGCUUGCCCCAAUGCAGUGCACGCGUAUGGCGUGUGACCAUGCCUGCCAGGGCAGCACAGGCACUGCAGGCGGGCAGCUCUGAGGAGCAGUUGUCCCCUGGCAGAGGCGGUACACGCACGGUGGAAUGUGCUGAGGCGCACAGGGUGCUGUUUGGCCACGGGGCUCGCCUCUGGGACGCCCAUCUCCACUCCCAGCCCCAGGUGGCAGUGACGGUGAGUGAGGACUGCACGGCGCGUGUGUGGAGCAUCGAAGAUGGCCGCCUGCUCGCACUCAUCCCCGCGCACCAGGGGCGGGGCAUAUGGCGGUGUGUGGUGCACCCCCCCACGCGCACGCUCAUCACAGGGGGGGCGGAUGCCGCCAUCAACCUCCACGCCCUCCCCGCCCUGCCCUCCCCCCUGCCCGCCCCACGCGCCCCCCCUUCCACCGUGCCCCCUGCCUUGUCGUGGCACCUCCCUCUGGACGCGCUGCUGCUGCGCGUCACGCCCACCGCCGCCCUCACCGGCCACAGCAUCGCUCUCGCCUCUGCUGCUGCUGCCACUGGCGCUGGGACAGAGGGGGAGACAGGGGUGGAGGCGGACGCCGGUCGCAAGGAUAGGUGGGUCAGCCUGCCAUGCCCGUGCUACUCGCUGCACCAUCACAUGCCUGUUCCAUGCCCGUGCUACUCGCUGCACCAUCACAUGCCUGUUCCAUGCCCGUGCUACUCGCUGCACCAUCACAUGCCUGUUCCAUGCCCGUGCUACUCGCUGCACCACCACAUGCCUGUUCCAUGCCCGUGCUACUCGCUGCACCAUCACAUGCCUGUUCCAUGCCCGUGCUACUCGCUGCACCAUCACAUGCCUGUUCCAUGCCCGCCCGUCAGCAUGCCUUGUCCCCCCUCAUCAACACACCCCCCCACCCCAUGGUUGCUCCCUCCUUCCCACCACCGCAUCGAACCCCCCCCCGGUCUGCCCAGCAGCAAGAGCGAGUUCAUCCGCUGCAUGGCGCUGGCCUCGCCCCGCCUGCUGCUCCUUGCCACCAACCUGGGCGCGCUGCUCCUCCUCCGCCUCCCCGCCUCCCCCUCCUCCCCCUGCCCCGCCCCCGUUGUCCUCCUGCCCGCCGCCCCACCGUCUCCGUCCCAUGCUUCCCGUGGGCCAAUUGUGUGCCUCCACGUGGAAAGGGAGGAGGGGAGUGCAGAGGAGGAAGGGGAAGAGGGAGAUGUUCAGGAGGGAGGGGAGGAGGGCGGGGAGGUGGGGGAGGGGCAGGGGAGAAGGGGAUCAGGGCGAGCAGGGCUGCCCACCUCCCCACCAUCCAUCAGGCAUGUCUUCACCACGGACCCAGCAGGCAGCGUUGUUUGGUGGCACAUGGACGACACUGCACCUCCACCUGCCUCCUCCACUUGCCCUCUCUCACUUGACACUGUUCAAUCGUCCGGGCGGCAGCUGCCGGCCACAGCAGUGGCGAGUAUCCAAUCACCGGGCGGCGCGCGUGUGGUGUGCGUGGAUGCAUGCCCUCACAGCAAGGUACGUGCCCUCACAGCAAGAACCCCCCAACUCUCGCUUUCAAUUCCUCUGCUUCUCUCCCACCCACGCCGCCCCUCCCAUCACCCCCUUCUUCGCCCUGUCCCACCCCUUUUCGGUCCCCCGUCCUCCCCCCCCUUCAUGACGUCCCAUGUGCCGCCCGCCUGGCAGCUGCUGGCGCUGGGCGACCAGAGGGGGCACCUCUACCUCUACCGCUUCUCCCUCGCCGCCCCUGCUGCCAGCCGCCCAGUGGCGGACUGCCACGUGGCAGCAGUGCUCAAGGGGGCGCACGGCAUAUCGGCAGUGGCGAGUGUUGCAAUAGAGGGCGCAGCAGGCAUGGGCGCAGCUGCAGCGUCGCUUGGCUUCGCUGCCCUCAUCCACACGACCGGCAGGGACGGCUGCAUAUGCACCUUCGCCCUGCGCGCUCCACCGCCACCCCCACCGCUUGCCCCUGCACAUGGCCCACCUUGCAACUCUACCAGUACGGCAGCUACGAGUGGGGCUGUGGUGGGGCACACGGGCAUGGCAUGUGCACCUGGCAGUGAGGGGGGCGACACGGGCAUGCAGGAGAGAGGGGGCCAGCAGGGCGAGGUGGUGUGCGUGGGGGUGCAGCGAGCAGGGGAGGUGGGAAUGGUGGAGCGCGUGGUGCGGGUGAGGGGUGGGGGAGGAGGGGGGAGGGCAGGCAGGGUGGCGGUGGGGUUUGCAGCAGCGGACUUUGUGGUGUGGAGUGUGGACGAGCACGCAGAGGUGGCGCGCAUAGCGUGUGGGGGAUGGCGCCGCCCGCACGCCUUCCUCAUCGAUGCGCUCUGCAUGGGGUCCUUCGCCUUCGCCUUCCUCAAGGGCAACCAUGUGCACAUCCAUCGCACCACUGCAGCCACCACACACGCCGCCCUGCCCUCCCCGCACGCGCCUCCACCCACGCCCCCCUCUUCCCUGCAUCCCACCUUCCACGGCCGUGAGCUGCACUCUCUCGCCCUCCUGCCUCUGCCCCAUCGCCCCUCGCCCUGCACCCACACCCCCUCCUCCCACUCUCCCCGCUGCUCCUCGCUGCUGCUCUCUGCUUCUGAAGACGGCUGCCUGCGCGCCUCCCUGUACGACCCCUCAGGGGAGGGGAGCGGAGGGGUGCUGGAGGGCAGUGCAUGGGUGGGCGAGCACGUGGGGGGCAGCGCCAUCAGAGCCAUUGCCACGUGCGCUGCUGAGGGCAGCAGCACUGCCAGCCCCACAGAGCAGUGCGGCAGCAGCAGCGGUGGUGGUCUCGGUGGUGGGGCUGGUAGUGGGGUUGGAGUCCCCUCGUCGUGGCUGGUGUUCACGGCUGGAGCGCGCGAGGUGCUCAUGUGCUGGCUGCUGCUCUGCCCGGGCCCCAUUCCCCCGCCUGCUGCCCCGUGCCUUGCUCUUUCCCCAACAUCCCCACAUGCCGGGCAGCAGGGAGGGCAGCAAGAGGUGCAGACAGAGGGGGAGCAGCAGAGGGCUGGGAGGGAGGAGGUGGGAGGCAGAGGGGAGGGAUGGGAGGAUGUGUUUUUGAAAGGAGUGCAAGGGGGGGGUAGAGCAGAGGCGAGUGGGGAGGAUGGAGGAACGGAUGGGCGGCAGGUUCUGUCGUUUUGGUUGAGCACUCACCGGCCAGAUAAAAGGCGAGUGGUGCCGUGCGGUUCCAGUGGUAAUGGCAGCAGCAGCAGCAUGGAUGACGAUGUGCGGUACCUGAGCGUUACCGCAUUCUCAUUCGGCAGCUUCUCCCAGCGUGGUGGGUCCUCUCAAGCUCUUGCAUGCACGCAGACGGGACUCACACCAUGCUGCUUUGCUGCUUUGCCUGCCAGUCACGCACCCCAUGCUGCCAGGCCAGGCACUGCACGGCCUCUUGGGCCAUCGAUACAGGCAGGCACAUUCCCUCCCCUCUCCCCUCGCGCCCGUUCUUCCGUGGGCCACCCUUGCCCGCCAACCACCCACCCAUGCAGCUCGCUCGUGGCGGUGGUGGCAGCGGCCACAUCAGCCGCGCAGCUGCACCUGCUGGCCUUCCACGCGCCCUCCCUCUCCUGGCACCGCCUCGCCUCCCUCCACCACCACUCCUGCCCCGUCCUCUCCCUCCACCACCUCCUCCUCCCCCCAAUCCCGGAACCCUCUGCCACCUCCCCCUCGCCUGCUGCCCCCACCGCUGCCCCCUCGUCCUCGCUGCGCGCUCUGCCGCGCUGCCUGAUCACCAGCGGUGCCACGGACGGCGCUGUUGUGCUCUGGGAUGUCACCGCCCCUGUCACCCACUUCCUGCACGCCACGUGGCAUGCUGCCUCGCAUCCCCCCCCACUCUUCCCCUCAUCAUUAUCAAUAGCACCAGCAUCAGCGUCAUCUGUGGCAGCAGGGGGGGGCAGCUCAGGGGCAGUGCGGCCGGUGAGUGGGCGGGGCAGUGAGGGGGGGCAGCGCAGGAGGAAUGCACGCUGGCACUUGCAGGGUGGGGGGAAGGGGCACAGGCAGGGCGGAGGGCAGAAGCAAGGGCAGGGGCAAGGGCAGGGGGAAGAGAGGUCUGGUGGCAGCGAGGUUGGGGAGCAAAAAUGGCUGCAGGAGGAGCGGCAGAUGGGUGUGCGAAAGGCGGGAGGGGAGGAGGCAGAGCGAGAAGGCGAGGGACGGAGCAAUGUUGAUUCUGAACAGAAGGCUGUUGGGACAGUGGGGGGCCGGGGAGAUCAGGGAGGGGCAGGUGAUGGGGAAGAGAGAGGCGAGGGGAAGGAGAGAGGCGGGCGGGAGGAAGGUUCAGAAGGCAAGGGAGGUGAGGAGGGGCAGCGAGAGGCGCAGGGGUGGGCGGGUGUGGAGGUGGGUCCGCUGUGCGUGGUGAGGGGCGCCCACCAGUCUGGCGUCAACUGCAUUGCCGCUGCUGCCACCGCCACGGCAGGGUGGAGCCACUGGCCGUGGCAAGAAACGCGAGCGGAUGGGGGGGAUGGGGGGAAUGGGGGGGGUGGGGUCGAUGGGGUGGAAGACGGCGGGGUGAGGGGCGUGGGGGCGGCACAUGUGGUGGUGGUGAGUGGCGGGGACGACGAGGCGGUGCAUGCUGUGGUGCUGCUCCUGGACGGCACGGGCGCUGAGCACAGCGCGCACGCAGGACGUUCCGAGGGGCUGGGCGCAGAGGAGAGUGGGGAGGGGGGAAGAGAGGGGGGACGAAGGGGAGUGGUGGCGCGAGUGGUGGCACGGACAUCUCAACCCAAUGCUCACUCCGCUGCUGUCAAAGGCAUCUGGACGGAUGGGCAGGUGGUGCUGUCAGUGGGGCUGGACCAGCGCCUGCGCUGCUGGUCCCUCUCCUCCAAUCACCACGCGCCACGUGGCAAGGCGGGCGGUGCAGAGGCAGCAGCAGAAGGGAGAUGCAGCGUGGAGGGGCAGAGGGGCGAGAGGGGGCGUGCAGGAGAGGAGGGAGGGGAGGGCGUGGAGGGGAGCAGGUUGGAUGCGGGAGAGGUGACGUGUGGGGCGGGGGAGGCAGGGGCGGGUGUGGAUGAGGUGAUUGAGGGUGGGAUGCGGUUGGAGGGCAAGGGGCGGUGUGUGGUGGAUGUGCCCGAGGCAGAGGGGCUGGCGGUGAUGGGUCAAGGCGAGGGCAGGUACCUGGCAGCGGUGUGUGGCCGAGGCAUGCAACUCAUUCACUGCACCGAGUCGGCGUCUUGA